AUGGUGCGGAGGCUGGCCGUGGAGGUGGUGGACGCGCGGGACCUGGUGCCCAAGGACGGGAUCGGCACGUCCAGCGCGUACGCCGUCGUGGAGUUCGACGGGGACAGGAAGCGGACGCGCACCGUGCCGAGGGACCUCAGCCCGCAGUGGCACGAGCGGCUGGAGUUCGCCGUGCACGACCCGGCCGCCAUGCAAGCCGAGUCACUGGACGUGUCGCUCUACCACGACCGCCGGUUCAACCCUUCCGGCGGCGGCGGUGGCGGCGGGGAAGGGGGAGGGGGAGGGGGAGGGGGCAAGAACCCUUUCCUCGGGCGCGUCCGCAUCUACGGCUCGCAGUUCUCGCGCCGCGGCGAGGAGGGGAUCGUCUACUUCCCGCUCGAGAAGCGCAGCCUGCUCAGCUGGAUCCACGGCGAGGUGGGGCUCAAGAUUUACUACUACGACGAGCCGGCGGUGCCGCCGCCGCCGGAGGAUAGGCCUCCGGAGGGGGGUGACAACGCGCCGCCGCCUGAGGUCCCGCCCGAAGCGCCCAGGGAGCUCCCGGAUAUCCCCGCGCCGACCGAGGCCGCCGUCGAGGUGCAGCAGCCGGCGGUGCAUCCCCCUGUCAUCAUCGUGGAGGAAGCGCCGCCGAUGCAUCCGAUGAUGCCGCACAUGCACGGGCCGCACGGCCCGAUGAUGCCGCCGGUGCACGGGCCAAGGGCGCCGCCGCAUCUUCAUCCGCAGCCGCAGCCGGAGCCGGACCCCGAACCGGAGCCGGACGGCGGGGAGGCGGCGUACCCGCCCGAGGUCCGCAAGACGCGGAUGGCGUCGAGCACGGAGCGCGUCCGCGUCGCGCGACACCUCAGCGGCGGAUUGGGGCCAGAGUACUACGCCACCUCGCCGCGUGUAAUCUCUGGCCGGUUCGUGUCCACCGGCGACGCCGUCGAGCCGGUGCAGUCGUCGUACGACCUGGUGGAGCCGAUGCGCUACCUGUUCGUCCGCAUCGUCCGGGUGCGCGGCAUCCGCGCCUGCGAGGGGCCCUACGUGAAGAUCCAGGCCGGCCCGCACACGCUCCGGUCACGCCCCGGCCGCGACAUCUCCGGCACCGGCAACCCGGAGUGGAACCAGGUGUUCGCCAUAAACCACGCCAAGCCGGAGCCGACGCUGGAGAUAUCCGUCUGGGACGGCGGGGCGCCCUCCCCGAUCGAGGCCUUCCUCGGCGGCGUCUGCUUCGACCUCUCCGACGUGCCGGUCCGCGACCAGCCAGACGGCCCGCUGGCGCCGCAGUGGUACCGGCUCGAGGGCGGCGAGCCCGGCAUGGUGACCGGCGACAUCAUGGUGGCGGUGUGGAUCGGCACGCAGGCCGACGAGGCGUUCCCGGAGGCGUGGAACACCGACGCGCCGUACGCCGCGUACACGCGCUCCAAGGUGUACCAGUCGCCGAAGCUGUGGUACCUGCGCGCCUCGGUGAUCGAGGCGCAGGACGUGCGGGUGCCGGCGCCGCCGCCGGGGCUGCCGUUCGAUGUGCGUGUCAAGAUACAGGUCGGGUUCCAGUCGGCGAGGACGCGGCGGUCGGUGGCCAGCAGGAGCAGCGGCUCGGCGUUCGCCUGGGAGGAGGACCUCAUGUUCGUCGUGUCCGAGCCGCUCGACGAGAGCCUCAUCGUGCUCGUUGAGGACCGCUCCAUGAUCAAGGAGCCGGCGCUGCUCGGCCACACCACCAUCCCCGUCAACUCCGUCGAGCAGCGCCUCCAUGAGCGGCAGCUCGUCGCGUCAAGGUGGUUCAGCCUCGAGGGGGGCACGUCCGACAUCGGCAUUGGUCCCGGUCAGGCCGGCGGCGGGCCGCCGGGGUUCUACUCCGGCCGGCUGCACCUCCGCCUCUGCCUGGAAGGAGGCUACCACGUGCUCGACGAGGCGGCGCACGUGUGCAGCGACUACCGGCCGACGGCGAAGCAGCUGUGGAAGCCGCCGGUGGGCGUGCUGGAGCUGGGCAUCAUCGGGGCGUGCGGGCUGCUGCCGAUGAAAACGAAGGGCGGCGCCAAGGGCUCGACGGACGCCUACUGCGUGGCCAAGUACGGCAAGAAGUGGGUGCGGACGCGCACCGUCACCGACAGCCUCAACCCGCGGUGGAACGAGCAGUACACAUGGCAGGUGUACGACCCGUGCACGGUGCUCACGGUGGCCGUGUUCGACAACUGGCGCAUGUUUGCCGGCGCCGGGGACGAGCGGCAGGACUACCGCAUCGGGAAGGUGCGGGUGCGCGUGUCCACGCUCGAGAGCAACCGGGCGUACACGGCGUCGUACCCGCUGCUCGUGCUGCUGCGCUCGGGGCUCAAGAAGAUGGGGGAGGUGCAGCUCGCCGUGCGGUUCUCGUCGCCGGCUCACCUGCCGGACACCUGGGCCACCUACACGUCGCCGCUGCUGCCGCGCAUGCACUACCUCCGCCCGAUCGGCGUCGCGCAGCAGGAGGCGCUCCGCGCCGCCGCCGUGCGCAUCGUCGCCGCGUGGCUGGAGCGCUCCGAGCCGCCGCUGGGGCGGGAGGUGGUCCGGCACAUGCUCGACGUCGACGCCCACACGUGGAGCGUGCGCCGCGCCAAGGCGAACUGGUUCCGCAUCAUGGGGGUGCUCGCCUGGGCCGUCGGCCUCGCCCGUUGGCUCGACGGCGUGCGGCGGUGGCGCAACCCGUCCACCACCGUGCUCGUCCACGUCCUCUACCUCGUCCUCGUCUGGUACCCGGAGCUGGUCGUGCCCACGGCGUCGCUCUACGUCUUCCUCAUCGGCAUCUGGUACUACAGGUUCCGUCCGCGCGGCCCCGCCGGCAUGGACGCGCGGCUGUCGCAGGCCGACACGGUGGAGCCCGACGACCUCGAGGAGGAGUUCGACGCCGUGCCGCCGCCGGAGGUCCUCCGGGCGCGGUACGAGAGGCUCCGGACGCUGGCCGGCAGGGUCCAGCGCGUCAUGGGCGACGUGGCGGCGCAGGGGGAGCGGCUGCAGGCGCUGGUCAGCUGGAGGGACCCGCGCGCCAGCCGGAUCUUCGUCGGCGUCUGCCUCGCCGUCGCCGUGGCGCUGUACGCCAUGCCGCCCAAGAUGGUGGCCGUGGCCGGCGGGUUCUACUACCUCCGCCACCCGAUGUUCCGGGACCCGAUGCCGCCGGCGGCCGUCAACUUCUUCCGGCGGCUGCCCAGCCUCUCGGACAGGAUGCUCUGAACUUUCUCGAGGAAUCACUUCCGUUUUGCUGUAAUAAUGAGUGUGGAUAGAAAACAAAACAACAAAAUCGACUUUAUUCAUAAGCAUAUAUACACAAUUUGAACAUUACAUAUAUUUAUAUAUAGUUGAAGUGGUGAUUUGCCACAGUUGAAAUGAUAAAUUGGGGAGUUCAUCUCUGCUUCAGCAGA